AGCUAGUUGUAGCUAAGCGCAGCGAUCUCCAUAAAUAUUCAACAACAACAAUACAACAGAAUGUUUUCUGAUACAGUGUAAUAAUAAUUUUAAGAGGGUGUCACAUAACAUAUUUUUCGAUUACGCAGAUGUUAAAUGUUCUCUACUCUUGGGCGGAAGCAUUUUUAACGCAUAAAAAGCCCAAGGAAGCUACAACAAGAAGUGAGUGACAAACACCGCAGAGAACGCCAAAAAAAAUUCUGAAUAAUCUUUUUUUGUUCGCGUAUCCGAAGGAAAUAAUAAAACGAUUGCCUCGAUGUUUAGUGGAUUGUACGUAGUCUUAAUGACCUUAAUUAAUGUCCACUGAAGCCUGAGAGUCCACAAGUGGACUUGUACAAGAAAUAGCUAGAAAUUCUUGCCGGAUUUUCGUGAUUGUGCUAACAGACACCCUAUCCUGCGAGUGUUUGGUUUCUCCUGAAAGGGUAACAGACUCCAAAGUUUUAUCAGUCAUACAAAAUUGUUUGCUCAGAAUUUAUUCUUGCAUAAAAAAAUUCUUGCAUAAAAAAUGCAAAGUCCAAUGCAAAAAAAAUCGUCCCCAGGGCUACUCGUUUUAAAAUGUCCUAACUACUAGAAGCUGGCUAUGUGAUCAACUGAAGGGGAGGUUUGUUUUGAAUUUUUUUACUGUUUCGAUGAAGACAUCUUCGACGACUAAAUUGGCAUACAUGUAUAGUACCUCCAUUUAGUAUUUCCACAGUCUUCUUGAAUGGUAUUUUGUUGAAGUUACAAACCAGAUGUGAUCCAAAAACUUGCACGUGCUAUCGAACGAGCUGUUUGGUUUGAACAUGCAGAAAUCGCAAGAUAGAAGAACAUUCAUUCCAUUGCUUGAAGACACUGAGUCCGGAAUGGAAGAACGAGAUGGUAUUCUCCUCAAUUACUCAAGCACGCACUUAUCCAAACAACGAAAGAGGAGGAAGAUUACACUCGCUUUUGUGGCUGUUGUGUUUCUUACUAUCCUAGUUGGCCUUCUUUAUUAUUAUUUCUCCCGAAAAGUGAAGGAAUAUGAAGAAAUCAUGUCCGACGAGUCGGAGCACAUUCAGGUGAAAAUUAACGCUGGCGUGGUGCGAGGAAGACUUGAAGGGGACGCUGUUGUGUUUAAAGGUAUUCCUUAUGCAAAACCUCCAGUUAAAAAUCAGCGUUGGAAGGUUCCAGUUGCUUGUGGUGAGCAUGUAUCAAAAAAAUGCUGGAAUGGAACUUUUAAUGCAAGUUCAUUUGGACACAUGUGUUGUCAGCCAGAUGUGCUGCAUACCAAAGACCCAAGCAAAGUUAUUGGCAGUGAAGAUUGCUUGUUUAUUAAUGUGUGGACUCCAAAAAAAAGACCCAGUGAAAAACUGCUGCCUGUUUUAGUUUAUAUUCAUGGUGGGUUCUUAAUGUUUUCCUCAGGGAAUUGGAAUGGACUUCAUCCGUCUCCGGAAUUGGUUUCUGAAAUGAAGAUAGUCGGUGUUUCAUUCAAUUACAGACUAAAUGCAUUUGGUUUUCUGGCUCUGAAGUCAUUAGCAGAUGUCUCACCUUCCAAGACCUCAGGAAACUAUGGAUUCAUGGAUCAGAUAUUAGCAUUAAAAUGGGUGCAAGCAAACAUUAGGAAAUUUGGAGGUGACCCAAAAUCUGUGACUCUGAUUGGACAAAGUUCUGGUGGUACAUCUGAAUUGGCACUGCUUGCCUCUCCACGUGCAUCAGAACUUUUCCAUCGUGCAAUUCUGAUGAGUGGUUCUGUGAUUUUUAACAAGUCAUCUGAAGAUGCUGCUUGUGACAAUGAAGUUUUUGUCAAGAACUCUAGAUGUGUCCGAAACACUUCAGUGGCAGAGGAACAAUGCUUAUACAAUUUAAGCAUGAAACAAAUAGAGACUGCCAUUCCAUGGGAUGUAUAUCCUUACUGGGCCAUGGCAGAUCAAAUGGAUCUACCAACCCAAAACUUGUUUGAUGGAGCAGUUGCUGUAGUUGACAAACUCAUUGUGCCGAAGCCUCCUCUCCUUGCUAUGAUGGCAGGUGAAGCAAACGAUGUACCACUGAUUAUUGGAACCACAGCACAUGAGAUCAAUAUUCAGCCCGUAAAGAACUUUGCUAACUCUACAUGGGAAGACUAUAGCUCAUAUGUCAAGGCAAAGCUGUUACCCUUUGUUGGUGGAAAUGUCAGUCAAGUAUUAAGCAUGUACAACAAAACUCUUCCUGAUGGAUCCUCGGCAUCGCUUCAGUUUGCAUACACAUCAAUGGCUUCUGACAUACGACUUACUUGUCCUAAUAAUGUUUUGGCUCUAAAUGCAUCUAGAGCCUUCAAUAGUUCUGUCUACAGAUAUAUUGUGACCAAUGCUCCUUCAUCGCCAAUAAAUUUAAUUGGAUUUUCAGCCACAUUUGCCAUCCACAUGUGGGACCUUGUUGCACUGUUUGGUUUCCCACCUGCAUUCCAUUAUAACCCCUCACCUAAAGACCUGAGAUUCAUGAGAAACCUCAGAAGAGAAUUUGGUAAAUUUAUUCAUGACGACUUAAAAGAUUCUUAUUGGAAACAAUACCCUGAACACACAGCUCUUUUUACAAACAGUGGCGUGAAGGUUCUCAACAAGGACGGAUACCACAAACAGGAGUGUGAUUUCUGGCUUGAUAAUGGAUUCUUCUCAUACGCGUGGAUAAACUAAAAGUAACGUUACAAAUGACAUGACUGAGCAUUCAGAUACAGAGAGAAAUAAAUUAAGCUUAAAAUUGGCUAGAUUGAAAGCUCUCUCCACCCAUGAACUGUCUAACUCAAUUAAGUUUAACUCUGUGGUGAUGACUGUGGAUUCAGAAUGGAUAAACUAAGAAAAACUUUACAAACAUCAUGACUGACUAUACAGAUGCAGAGAGAAAUAAAUUAAGCAUACAAAUAGGCUUGAUUGAAAGGUCCCUCCACUCAUGAACUGUCUAACUCAAUUAGGUCUAAAUUUGAGGUGAUGGCUAUGGAUUCAGACAGGAUGCAAAAGCACAAAGUAUAACACCUUAGAGGUAGCAAGAUCGAAACUCUGUAAUUUUGUUCAAAGUUUAUGAGAAACUCGAUCAUCUACUGGGGUGCUGUACUUUGGAACACUGUAUCGAGGUACUAUUGUAAUAAUUUCAAGCAAUUCUAUGCCAAAGUUAGAAAAGACAUUUUUAUUAACCCUUUCCCCUUCCCCCUGCCCCUCCAAAGCGAAUGGCACUUUUUCCCAAAUUGGCAAAUAAAGACACUCUGCCUGUGUACAAUAUGCCAUUUGAAAGCCACUGAUCAGCUUAUUUAAGAAUUGACAUC